GUGCUGUCUAUUUUCAUCGUUUUCCUAAAUGUUUGGUGUUACAACGAACGUUUUAAAUUGGUUUUUAUACCUAAAUAGCUGUUGUGAAUUAUCAAGAAAGUGUUUUUUCUUUUAUAAUUAACUUUUAAUCACAAUCUUACGUCUAUAAUGUUCAACUGCGAAGACCUGUCCGCUCAUUGUUGUACGUGCUUGAAACCGGUAAUGCCGGAUGGAACGGAAUCUACCGAAUCCGGCGUACCGCUCGAUUACGUUGAUCCGCACUCCGACAUGACGGUGGCGGCUAUGCUUCGCGAGGUACUCUUGGAUUCAUUUUACCAGAAGAAUGGUGCAACAGUUCUACAGGAUGUCGAAGGAAAAGUGAUUUGUCGAACUUGCUUCAAAAAGAUUCAAGAUAUACGAUUAUUUCGUAGUCAAUGCACAGAAGUGUACUGGUUUUACGAAACGUUGACUAAGGCUCAAAAUUCCGGAAGUGAAGAACAGUUGUUGAAUCAUUUGGAGAACAGUGCUGAGCCGAGUUUGCAAUCCCAUCUAUUUCGGCUGGGAAUAACAUCAUGCGAAAAUCUUCCAGCGCAGACGCUGCUUUCCGAAAUAGGUUUUAUAAAGCCCGAAAUCGAAUAUGAGUUAAUAGAAGAGGCAUCUUUACAAGACUCUGACCCGGAAGUCGAAUCCCCAAAGGUCGAGCUUGAUCAUGGUUCCGGAGAGUCGGAAUCCAGCGACGAUGAAGAGACAUUGGCCUCAAUCCAACGAAAAGAACAAGUCCUAAAGGGCUCUCAAUUUACCAUUUGUCCCGUUUCGGAUUGUCAACAGUCUUUUGUGGGGCAACGGUAUACCAACCAUUUGCAACAGUUUCACCGAUUCGGAUGCAAAUUAUGUGGGCUGAUACUGCCUUUGAAGCACACCAUGAUCAAGCACAUGCAGAUUCAUACGCCUCCCCAACAGUUACCAACUGUGCAGUGCACCUUCUGCGAGCGAACGUUUUCGAGCACGGCCAAAAUGCGUUCCCACGCUAGGGAUGUUCAUUUGCAGCAGGCAACCAACUACGAGUGUGAGGUGUGUGGCGAAAAAUUUGACAAACGAAAGUUGCUAAACCAUCAUCGAGAAUCACAUCUUCAGAAAGAAUGCUCUUUAUGCGACGCCCAGUUUGAUCAUCCUGCUAAGCUGUUAUCUCACAUGAAAAACCUCCAUCCCAAACAGCUGUUCGCCUGCAAUCAGUGCGCGAGAAAGUUCCUUGCACAAGACGCAUUGGAUCGUCAUUUGCAGCAACAUGCGGUAAUCGGCUCCUCCGAGGAUAGUUACCAGCUGCUAACGCUAAAAUGUUUGUCUGUCUUCGUUUGUGACCAAUGUGAGAAGCAAUACACAUCGGAGGCGCACCGUUCGGUUCAUAUGGUCAGCCACGAUCCGGCAAGCCGACCUAAGAUUGUGUUCAAAAAGCGGUCCAAGGCGGAGCUGGACAAACUGGAAAAGACGUUCCGAUGUGAUCAAUGCGAUGCCAGCUAUCGGCUUCGCUCUUCGCUUGAGGCACACCUGAAGACCCAUUCCGCCACUCCAUUCAUCUGCGACGCCUGUGGGGCUUUCUUCAAGAACAAAAGUUAUCUUAGGCAGCACGUGACUUACAAACAUUCCCGAAACUACCGGUAUUUCUGCGAAUUCUGCCCGAAAGCUUGCGCCACCAGUUCGGAUCUGCUUCGGCACCGGCGGGUUCACACCAACGAACGCCCGUACAAAUGUGACCAGUGUGAGGCACGGUUCAAAGCCCACGACGGCUAUCAGAAGCACAAGCGGUCUCAUGCCGGGGAGAAGAUCUACCGGUGCGAUCUGUGCGAGAGGAGCUUCAUGAGCCACUGCAGUUUGAAGACGCACAAAAUUGGCCACACAAACGAGAAGGCUUACAAGUGUUUCCACUGUGAGCAGUGUUUUAAUGUGCCUAAGAAUCGCAGAAGACACAUCUUGCGGUGGCAUCCUGGGUUGCCUACUAAACAGCCGGUGGAUGAAAAGACUGCAGAAGGUAAGUAAUGUACUUGAAUAUAUAAUUGUAUGAACGAUACAA